AUGAGUACCACUCUGGCUUCCCACGAGAAAUCUGCCAAGUCUCGCUGGGCAGGGAGAUUGAUUCGCCGGAAGCUGGCCGCCGAGCUCAAUGUUCUUAAAGAGAGAAAUGAAGAUCCACCAUUCGGCUUUCACAGCUCGAAACCAUACACUCACGACACGCUGCCUCCUGAUCCCAACUAUCUAGGUGACAAGCGACCAGGACCUGGUGGUGAUGGCAUUGAACAACCUCCACGCAAAGUUUGCAUAGUAGGCGCCGGCGUUGCAGGUCUUUACAUUGCAAUGAUAUUGGAUAGUCUGGAAAUCCCCAAUCUGACUUAUGAUAUCCUCGAGGCCAAUUCCAGAGUCGGCGGUCGCGCUUAUACUCAUCACUUCAGCGAUCAACAGCAUGACUAUUACGACAUUGGUGCUAUGCGGUAUCCUGAUAUUCCCAUCAUGAGUCGUACAUUCAAACUCUUCGAGCGUCUCCGUGUCCCAACCAUCAAGUACAUCUUGAACAACGACAAAGCACCAAAGCUAUUCAACGACCGCUUUUUCUCUGGAGGCUUCGACCCCUACCAUGUCAGCGUUACGAAUGGUGGUUCUGUUCCUGACAAAGUGGUUGACAACGCCGAAAAGAUCCUUGGAGAUGUUUUCGGUGCCUUCAAGAAGGAAAUGGCUGACAAUUUCGAGCGCGGAUUCUCGAAACUUAUGAUGUAUGACGACUUCAGCACGCGAGAGUUCUUGAAAAGAAUGGUGUGCGGCCCGCUACAAGAGAAGCUCUACAACUUCUUUUCGAUACAGUGGAUGGAGACUCAGGACACUUCGACCAACCUCUUCGAUCAGGCAUUCUCGGAGAGUGUCAUGGAUUCAUUCGACUUCGACUACCCAACAAAGGACCCAGAAAAGCCGGUGGAAUGGUUUUGCAUUGAAGGUGGGACUACCGUCCUUAGUGAUUCGAUGCAAAAAACACUGAAGUAUCAACCUCAAGUAAGAAAAAGAGUAGAGGCCAUAUCAAUCAAUCGCAAAUCAUCAGAGGAUGGAAAUAUGUCAGUCAAGUGCGCCGAUGAGACGGAGCCUCGUACAGGUUACAGCACCGUUUUCAAUACCACAACCCUGGGCUGCCUGGGCCGUAUGGAUCUUCGUGGUCUCGAGUUACAUCCUUCACAGAAGGAUGCAAUUCGAAGUUUGCACUACGACGAAUCUGUGAAGGUAGCUUUGAAGUUCUCAUAUCCCUGGUGGAUUGUGGACUGCGGCAUCCGAGGCGGAGUCGGCUCUACGGAUUUACCCCUACGUACCUGCGUAUAUCCGUCAUAUAACCUGGACGAUGGUGCGGAUAAGCCCGCAGUCCUACUGGCUUCUUACACAUGGGCACAAGAUGCCACUCGAAUGGGGUCCCUGGUUGACAGACAAAAACCGCCACAAAACGAGGGCGAGCUCGUUGAGUUGAUCUUGCGGAAUCUUGGCCGCUUGCACGCAGAACACAUCAGCUAUGACAAAAUCAAGGAGGCAUUCACCGGAAAGUACCAUGCGUACGCCUGGUCUCAUGAUCCGAACACUGCGGGUGCUUUUGCUCUCUUCGGCCCAGGCCAAUUCAGUAACUUGUACCCGUACCUCUCACGGCCGGCGGCUGAUAGCAAAUUCCACAUUGUAGGCGAAGCGUCGAGCGCCCACCAUGCCUGGAUUGUUGGCGCUCUGGAUAGUGCCUAUAUGGCUGUAUAUCGCUUCCUGUAUCGUUUCAGCAUGUGGGAUGCUUUAGAAAAGCUGAAAGAGCAAUGGGGUCUGGUGGAUGAGUUGGAGGUAGGAGAAGAGGGAACGGUGCAUUUGCAAGUCAUGCUUGGCACGCUCCGAAAGAAAGACCAGUACAGGGUCUAA